AUAACUCAACUGUCAGAUGACUAGCUGGGUCUGAAAGACUUCCCCAGAAAAUCGAAAGUUAGAGAAACAGAUGAAAAGAGCCAUGGAGAUGCAGGAGAUCAUUAAAGAGGGGGAAAGAAGUGAACCAGUGCUGGAGGUCAAAACUGAAGAGGAAGCAGAACCAGGCCACUACUCUAAACUGAAAAAUCUGUCUGAGGAUGUCUAUUCAGAAGCUUUAUUUGGUGGCGCUCCGGUUAAAACAAAAACAGGCAAACAGGCUGAAGGAAACACACGUCUGUACCGUGCUGCAUGUUUGUUCCUCACCAUAAUCUGCCUGGUCCUACUGCUGGUCGUCAUUAUCCUCAGUGUGAAACUCCAAACUGGCUCCACAGUCUGCCCAGAGAGAGCGGAAGCUACAGGAAUAGACAGACAAAGUCCUCCAUUUGCUCCAACAUGCAGCCACGAGGAGUGCCAGGCUCUCUUCCCCAGCAUUCAACCUCAAUAUCGCGGCUGUCAGCAGUGCGCUGAUGGGUGGCUGACUUUAGACCGGUCGUGUUUUUUCCUGUCCACCUUCAGGCGGAGCUGGGACGAGAGCCAGAAGAUCUGCAUCGCCAAAGGAGGAGAUCUGGCUGUUGUUACCAGCCAGAGAGUUCAGAGUUUUCUGGCAAAGCAAGGGAAAAUGCAAUACUGGAUCGGACUGAGACACAAAGGAGCCACAUGGACCUGGGUCAACAACACUGUGCUGCGAGAGAGUUAUUGGGCAGACAACCCAUUAGAGGGGGAUUGUGGGAUCCUCAGCAAUGAGAACUGGAUCAAAGCUUCCUGCAAAGACUACACCUACUUCAUCUGUCAGGUGCAGCUCUGACAACUUCUGUCUCCUUUUUAACAGAAAAAUGAGCAAACCAAUCUCUGUCAACAAGCAUCAAAUCCUCCAUAACAUUUAUAAUCAUGUCUCUUUCCACUUCACACUUCAAUCCGUAAUAUCCAGCAAAGAAAGACAAUGAAGCUUUUUAGAUUAUAGUUUUAUGUGUAACACUUGAAUGAAAUUAUUAGUCAGAUUUUAUUGUAUACAUUAUAUUUUUGUGUAGCAUUGUGUUGACUUAUUUGUAUUCUAACAUGUCAGUUAAGCUUAUAAGCACUAUUUAGGGUACUUUACUCUUAUGAUUCUAUAAACUGCUGUUUGACUUUUUCCACAAAUGAGGGCCAGUAAGUUUGUUUCAACAAGGUUUUAUUCUGAUAUUAAAAAAAUUCAUACAAAUA